GAGUCAUGUGACAGUGAAAUACUAGAAGCUGUUGUCUCUGCUUGUUCCCUCACUUAGCUUUGAGUCUUGCCUCUGGAUUCUCUCUGAGAAGGUACUCCAGGAUGUACUCUUUGGUCAUUAUCACAGGACUACUGGCUUUUGCCUCCAGUAAGCCAUGUGGUACAGCAGGAUCCAACAGUGAGCUGCUCCUGUCACUCAAUAAGGAUCUCCUUCGCUCUCUGGAGAGGCAGGAGGGACUCCCCAAUCCCAGUGUCCACUUGGCGUUAAGACUUUCAGAUAACCACAACCUCGCCAAGGAGGGUGAACACCUGAACAAACUGAAAAGUCAUUUGCACAAUGACAUUCAAAACUCUCUCGCCAACAGCCAGUCUGUGGUUGGACAGUUGGCUCUGUACACUCUGGCUUUGAAGUCUUCCUGCUAUGACCUCAACACAAUCACCUUCACCGUCAGUGACAAGCGUGAGACGCUGCUGACACACCUGAAGAACCAGAUGGAACAAGAAAAACAGCACAUUGCAUUCAGCCACCGCCCUUUGACCAAUUAUUACCAGUACUCUCUGGGUGUGCUUGCUCUGUGUGCGAGCGGCGUCAGGGUCAACAACCAUGUCAGCAACAAGCUCAUCAAGGCAGUAGAACAUGAACACUUCAAACAUGGAGACAGCGAGAGCAUAGAUACCUAUGCCAUGGCGGGAAUGGCCCUCCAGUGUGUGAAGGAGUCUGGUUCCCAUGUGCAGAAUGCUGUUCAGCUUGACACAGCCCUCACCAAGAUCAAGCAGAAGCUCUUUGCUGGGCAAAAGCCAGAUGGUCAUAUAGGCAAUAAGUUCAGCACAGGCCUGGCAGUGCAAGCGUUAUUGGCAAUGGGGAGCCAGGUUGCAGAGUGCGCUGCUUCAAUGGAAGCCAUGAGGACAGAUGCCAGAAGCAACACAUACCACAACCCCAUGGCUAUAUCUCAGAUUCUGCCAGCUCUCCAGCAGAAAUCCUACCUGGCAGUUAAAAGCAAGGAGUGCCUCGUUGAAAAUGACUCUCUGAUGCUGGAGCCCAUGGAUACUGUGGUGGUUUUACCAAGCGAGACUAAAGUGGCCGUGACAGUGGAUGUGGUGACAUCCAGCGGGGCAACUGCUAGUUACUCUGUUAUUGUACCAAAGGGCAGCUCUCUGUUGGAGGCCCUCGAGCUCCUCAAGGAGAAACAUCCUGACUUUGUGUUUGAGACGGAAACCAGCCUGUGGGGACCUUUCUUAAGUGUGGUGAAUGGAGAGCAGGCCAGACAGAGUGACCGCAGAUACUGGCACCUCUCCUCUGGUGACACAGGGCUCACUGAGGGUAUUAGUGAUUACAAGAUUGAGGCAGCUCAGAAGAUCACCAUCAAAAACACAAGCUACUGAGAGCGAAAUCAAUCACUACUGAUGCAACAGUGAUUGAUGUAGAUCAAAAGAUUCUUGAUUUUAUUCUGUCCUUUGUUGUUUUAAGCGAUGAUUUUGCUUAAAAUGUCAGUUGCCAUUAUCUGUGAUAUCAUUGUAAUUUAGAACAAAUUGAAUAGACUUUGCUGUGAAUAUUGUAAAUGCAAAUUGUAACAGUCUUAUGUUAUGAUUAAAUUAGUGCAAAAUGUAUAUUCAAAUAUAUUACAAACUGUGAUUUUUUUAAACAAAUAAAAUGUGAUGUGAUAGGUUGUUAAAUAAAG